CACAACAACCCGAGCAGCCUCCUGCACUUAUUCAGUCCAAUUCGGUGCAACUCUGUGGUUGCUGUAUGCUGACUGCCUGGAUGAGUUAAGACCAGGUUCCUUCCAGUUCAACCAGUGUGGAUAUUAUCAACAUGUCUACCCUUAAUAGCGACCAGCUUCAUCGAUCCACCUUGGGGAUUUACUCAAGCUUGAUGGAUGACUUCAACCCGGGCCUAGAGAAACUUGUGUCACUGGGACACGGCUACGUCCGAGCGUUUCAAGCUCUGGCUGUAAAGAGCGAAGCGUACUUCACUGCACUUUCACAGAUCGGCGAGCAGGCUUUUCACACCAAGUCCUCUCGUCCCAUAGGAGAUGUUUUGAUUGAAAUUGCUGAGAGCCAAAGGAAAGUGAGCUUGGAACUGGAGGGAGUAUUCCGUGGGUUCUCUGAGGACGUUCUCCAGGAGAUGGACAAUAACGUGAGACUGGACAAAGACUACAUAUCGGGCAGCAGAAAACAAUAUGAGAUGAGCGUCCACAGUCAGGCAGCAGUUAUGGACCGACAUCUAAGACGUGGAACUAACCAGGAUGAGUACAUGCAUUUUCUACGGGAAAGCCACGACGAGGCUUUGAAGGAGGAGGAGAGACGAUACCGCUUCCUGGCUGAGAAGCACUGUGGCCUCAUCCGGUCCUUCUCCCACCUCAUGAAUAAGCAUGGGGCUACUCUGCAGCACAAGGCGGACUCCUGGAGAGAAGAGGUGGACGCCACCAGGGGACCACAUGCUACAAGACCCCCCGCAGUGGAUCACACUGCACUUAUUAGACAAGAGAACAAGAAGAACAGAGAAGAGCAGCCUCUCGGCAACAUUCCUUCAAGGGCUCCGUCUCCUCAGGGAAGCAUUUAUCGCUCCACGGCCGAGUCAGUGGGGGGUGGAGUACGAUCCAUGAGGGCCCGGGUGGCCCAUCAGCCUAGUGGCUCCAAUCCAACCCUGCUGCACUUCAUCCGGGGAGAGAUGAUCAGUGUUCUGGUCCAGCAGCAGAAGAACGGCUGGUUUUACGGCCGUGCCGCUGGGAAAAAUUCACGGCAGGGAUGGUUCCCGGCCUCCUAUGUGGAAGAAGUAGAUGACCUUCCUAUGCCGGCUGACUCGGGUAGUUCCACUCCCCGGGCAAGAAGCAGCGUGAGCAGCCGCACGGACACGUCAAGAAGCGCCGCCCCGCCUCCGCCGCCGCCUCCACCACCAUCUCAGUCUUCAAAUAAAAGCUCCGAGAUGCAAACAGGCAUGUCGGACAGGAGGCCAGAGGCUUAUCCGGAAAAAAAGCGACCCCAGGAACAUGGCUCAAGACCCGAACUCUUUCCAAAGGGCACCAACCCGUUUGCAACAGUGAAGUUGAAGCCCACAUCCACCAACGACAGGUCGGAGCCUCGUCUGUAUCGCAAAUGACUGUAAACAGUCCAACAGGUUUGGGACUUCCAGCUAAGGUGAGGAAAUUGAAACAUAGAACACAGAUUGGACUCUACAUAAACAAACACGAUAUGUUUCAAUCCAUGAAGGUGUUUAAAUGUUUGAUUGUGCAAAUUUCCAAAAAAGUGCAGUUCCCCUUUAACGUUUUUGGCCACUGUAACAUUACACACAGUUUGAACAGUACCACUGUGUUUGAAUAUCCAUCCAUCCCUUUUCUACCGCUUAUUCCCUUUGGGGUUUGCUGGGGGCGCUGGUGCCGAUCGAAGCUACAAUCGGGCGGAAAGCGGGGUACACCCUGGACAAGUCGCCACCUCAUCGCAGGGCCAACACAGAUAGACAGACAACAUUCACACUCACAUUCACACACUAGGGACCAUUUCGUGUUGCCAAUCAACCUAUCCAUAAAAAAAAAUUAAACCUGUACUUUGAUCAAGUGAUUCUUUGGUGCACCACUAGAUAAGGGGUCUGCAACCUUAGGACUUAGACUUUGACAAACUUUUUCCAAUAAAGGAAAAAUAGUACAGAGCCACAAAACCGAAGACAGCUUAUAACUUUUAAAAUGUUUUUUUUUUUUGUAUUAAUUUUACAAUAAAACCAAUAAAUCAUGUGAAUUUUUUUUUUCUUCUCUUUUUCCCCCCACAAGUAUUCAUGGUUAGCUUACCCAAGGGUUUGCACACCGCAGAAGCUGAACUAAACACAGACUUCCAGUCUCUUUUACGUCUCUCCCUUGUGCCUCAGGACUCAUCCUGUGCGCAGUUUCACGGCCUCACAGACAAUUGGAAAUUAUAAAAAUGCUAGCUUUUCUCAAUUUGGGGUUAAAAAGAAAAUCUGAGGGAGCUACAACAAGAAAGCCAACUAGCUGAGGGUUGCAGACCCUUGCAAAAGAUGGAGCUUAGUUAAAAGGUAAAUUUAAAGUACCACUGAUAGUCACACAUGCAUUAGGUGUGGGGAAAUUACCCUCUGCAUUUGACCCAUCCCCUUGUUCCGCCCCAUGGGAGGUGAGGGGAGCAGUGAGCAGCAGCAGUGGUCACGCUCGGGAAUCAUUUUGGUGAUUUAACCCCCAAUUCCAACCCUUGAUAAUGAGUGCCAAGCAGGGAGAUAAUGAGUCAUAUUUUUAUAGUUCUGGGUAUGGUUCAUGUACCACAGUUUGAGAACCACUGGUGAUUAAAGUGUCCGCCCUGAGAUCGGUAGGUUGUGAGUUCAAACCCCGGCCGAGUCAUACCAAACACUAUAAAAAUGUGACCAAUUACCUCACUGCUUGACACUUAGCAUCAAGGGUUGGA